CAUAGCGACGGCUGAGCGUGGGCCGCAGGCCGUGAUGGCUGUUGACCGGGCUCUGUGGAGGCCAGGUACCCCGGCGGCCUUAACUGUGCUCGUGGCCUUGCUGCUCCCGGGGUUCUCGGGGACCCAGAGUUUCUCGCUGCCCUUCCGGCGGCCGGAGACGUGCGACCACAACCAGUACUUCGAUGUUUCUUCCCUGUCCUGUACCCCGUGCGGAGCGAACCAGACUCGGGACUCCCGAGGGGUUUCAUGCAUAUGUCUUCCUGGAUUUAGGAUGGUUUCUAAUAAUGGUGGACCUAUUGUUUGUGAAAAGUGCCCAGAGAAUAUGAAAGGAAUUACAGAAGAUGGCUGGAAUUGUAUUUCUUGUCCCAUUGGUCUCACUGUAGAAGGUAGAUGCCAGUGCCCUGCUGAUCAUAUUUUAGUGGAACGAGAUACUAAUGGAAAAUUGCUUUCUGAAGCACAUUGUAUACUUUGUGAUGGAAGUGAGAAGUCUUUCUCAGCAUCAAAUAUAAUUAGAAAUAGGUGUGUCAGAUGUGAACCAACAUUCAUCAAUAUAACCAAGUCCUGUACAUGUUCAGAACAUGCCACUUUGAUAGGUGGAUUGUGCUUCAGCAACAAAGAGAGUUUUCCUCCACAAGCAGUCACAACUUGGCGUUAUGGACAGCUUGGUGCAUCACUUAAUUCAGAAUGGUUUUCAAAACAUUUGCAAUCAGCAGCAGCUGCUUGUCGGAUAUAUUCUAAUCUUACAUCUUGCCAAGCUCUUGGAAAUAUGUGCAUAAUGACCAUGAAUUCUUGGAGUUCUGCCACUUUUGAUGCUUGUCGUCUGUUUCGGUUUAUCUUUGAGAAUACUGCUGGACUAGGCACUGUUCAUUCUGUAGCAUUCUGGAGACAGAAUCUUCCAUGGUUAUUCUAUGGAGACCAAUUAGGAUUAGCACCUCAAGUGCUCAGAACUACCCAACUUUCUACAAAUUUCAGCUUUAAAGGUCAAGACCAGGAUAUGAAACUGAGGUUUGUUGCAGCUUCCUAUGAUGUGAGAGGAAAUUUUCUUGAAUGGAAGACUUUGGAAGGAGGUCUUUUACAGCUUUGUCCAGACACAGUGACCAGACUGAAUGCUGCUUAUAAGUUUGGAACAACUUAUCAGCAAAAUUGUGAGAUUCCCAUCUCCAAGAUCUUAACAGACUUUACAAGUCCAGUAUUUUAUGAUGUGUAUCUUGAGUAUACUAGUGAAAAUCAAGAGCAACAUCUUUGGGCAAUACCAAUAUUAAAUCUAAAUCUUCGGCACAAUGAAAUCUUUGUGAAUCAAGAUAGCAGUACUGUCAGGUGGCUUUUGACUCGCCGCCUCUUCUUGGUGGAUACCUUAAGUGGACGAGAGAGCGACUUAGAGAGUCGGCCAAGAGUAAUUCGAAUUGCCAGCAAAUUAACCAUGAGUAUUUGCCUUGUACCCAACACCAAAAGUGGAAACAUUUAUCCGCCUCUAAUUACUGUUGCAUAUGAGGACAUUGAAAUCGAAAAUCCCAAUAGCCAGUCUGUGAUGGUUUCUUUCUCAGUCAGAUAUGAAAUGAAUCAAGAAGAAGCACGUACCCAAACUAAUAUUGCAUUGGGUGUAUUGGGGGGGCUGGCAGUUUUAUGGUCUCUUUUAAAGACUGCAGGAUGGAAGAGACGCAUAGGAAGUCCUAUGAUUGACUUGCAGACAGUUCUGAAGUUCUUGGUGUACUAUGCUGGAGAUCUAGCUAAUGUUUUCUUUAUCAUCACUAUGGGAACAGGUCUUUACUGGCUGAUUUUUUUCAAAGCACAGAAGGCUGUCUCUGUUUUAUUACCGAUGCUAAGCCAGGAAGAAAGCUUCGUCACUUAUGUGGGAUGUGCUUUUGCUUUAAAGACUCUGCAGUUUUUGCACAAGCUUGUAUGCCAGGUUACUGUAGAUAUCUUUUUCAUUGACUGGGAGAGACCUAAAGGCAAAGUUCUUAAAGCUGUUGAAGGUGAAGGAGGCCUACGAAGUGCUGCUGUUCCUGUGAGCAUAUGGAGGACAUAUUUUGUAGCAAAUGAGUGGAAUGAAAUUCAAGCUGUGAGAAAAAUUAAUCCCCUCUUGCAAGUGCUUACUGUUCUCUUCUUUUUGGAGGUUGUUGGAUUCAAGAACUUGGCAUUAAUGGAUUCAUCUUCUAGUCUUUCAAGAAGCACAAAUAGCUACAUAGCAUCUUAUAGCCGCAUUUUACGAUAUGCUAUAUCUACUACCCUCUGGAUAGUCAUUGGCAUGAUACAGAUUAUAUACUUUGCUGUCUUUUAUGAGAGAUUUAUAGAAGAUAAGAUACGACAAUUUGUUGAUUUAUGCUCCAUGAGCAAUAUCUCAGUAUUUCUCUUAUCACACAAAUGUUUUGGAUAUUAUAUCCAUGGUCGAUCUGUUCAUGGACAUGCAGAUACUGACAUGGAAGAAAUGAACAUGAAUCUUAAGAGGGAGGCGGAAAAUUUGUGUAGCCAAAGAGGUUUGCUACCCAGCACAGAUUGUCAGACCUUUCAGAUUUCCAUUUCUAACAAAAUGAGACAGCAUUAUGACAGAAUUCAUGAAACACUAACAAGAAAAAAUGGCCCUGCUCGAUUAUUGAGUUCAUCAGAAACUACUUUUGAACAGAGUAUUAAAGCUUACCAUGCCAUGAAUAAAUUCCUUGGCUCAUUCAUUGAUCAUGUUCAUAAAGAAAUGGAUUACUUUGUAAAAGAUAAAUUGCUUCUUGAACGAAUUCUUGGUAUGGAAUUCAUGGAACCAGUGGAAAAAAGCAUCUUCUACAAUGAUGAAAAUUAUUCUUUCAGCAGUGUUCUCUAUUAUGGAAAUGAAGCCACUCUUCUUAUCUUUGAUUUGCUAUUUUUCUCUGUUGUGGAUCUGGCUUCUCAGGAUUUUGUUCUAGCAGCCGUUCUUACUUACUUACAACAGGAGAUUUUUAGGUUUUUCCGUAAUAUAAUAGGGCGGAAGAAUUUGGCAUCUAAAACUCUGGUGGACCAAAGAUUUCUUAUUUAAUUGACUCAGAAGAAGAAUCAAGACACUGUACAAUCAUGGCACAAAAUAGUUGUGAGUUUGGGGUUAGUUUAUCAUAUGUUUAAAAUGUUAUUGAUAUUUUUUAAAUUUCUUAUUUUAUCUGCUGAUUUAUUUUUUAUAAAAAAUAUUUUAUACUAUGCUUAUGAAUAUAUAAAAUGACAUGUUUAGAAGUAUUGGGUCUUCAUUAUGUAUGGUGCUUAAAAGUCAAAGGAAAUGUCAGAUACCAUCUAUCACUGAGGCAAAAUUAUAAAUCCUCAUUUUCUUUUUGUGGUGUGGCAGCUGUUUAACAAUCAUAGAAUAUGACUUACUUAUCCCACCACUACCUGGGCACAUGGACACAUAAUUUAUUUUUGUAGUUCCUCUACGAAUUGAAAGUCAUUCAAAAUUUAUUUGAUUAUCUGAUUGGCAACAUCAGAUUUAAGCAUUUGUUUUAGAUAUGUUAUGUUGAAAUAAGCAUUCAAAUAUUAGUUGAGAUUUUUAAUUUUAUAAUUACUGACACAAUUGAUAAUAUCACAAUUUCUUCCCUUCACUAGCAUGAUAUUCAGUGAAUUAUCUGUUUUAACUAAUGAAUAUUUUAUGAAACAGUACCUAUAUAUUCUGUGAAGUACAUAUGUUUACCUAUUCUUUCCACGAAGAAUAUUGUUAGUAUGGCCUCAUGUUUUAUACUUAACCUAAUGAUUAAUGUUCAAACAUUCUCAUUCUAUAUGGUUUUAUUAACCAUUUUGCAUUAUUUUAGGCAGUGUUUCAAAAUUAUGUUUUAAAGUUUGUAAUAGCUCCAGUACCUACAUUAUCAUGUUAUUUGUAUAAAAUAUCACAUUGAAAUCAACCCCUUUUACAUUAUAUUUAUCUAUUUACCAUAGUUUACAAAGAAAAUGGAGAGAGGAAUAUUAGGAUACAAAGUACAAUUAAUACAAGUUUGAAGCUAUGUGAUUAUUAUGAAGUGAUUUUCUGUAAUAAUCUUAAUUAGCUUUUAAGAUUCUCUUCCUGAUAUAUAAUUUGUGUUUGGACAGUAUAUCACAUUUUAGAGCAAUAGUGACCAAUAGAUAAUAUUUUUAAUACAUUUCUUGAUUAAAUGUCUUUUAUUGUUGUUGUAAAUACUGUCAUGUAAAUAAUAUUUUUAUUAGAUGUUUUUAUUAAUUAGAAAUGUAAAAUAAAACACUUGGUAUUUA